UUCAGAUUUUCCGAGGGAGCUCCUGAAGGCGGCAUCGGGAUCCUGUAACUGCGAAUCCACAGAGAUUAGCAACAGACUGUUGCUUUUUUUCCGAUGGAUUUUGUUUGUGGGGGGAGUUACAUUCACGAGUAACAUUACUCACGUAGUUUGGCGUUAGCGGUCCACACGUGAGUGUUUAGGUUCCGCUUGAACUGUCAGCGGAGAGAAAUGAAAUGUCAACGGCGCAACUUCUCGCUCUCGAACCCAACUCGGCUACAACGUCCGCGCUGAAGGAGACGGAGUGAACGCCGACAGCCGACCCCAAGUUUACUACUGUUACGUCGACAACAAAGGGGGACGCUCUCCUUCUUUUCUUGGGGCCAUUACUCGACGUCAUUCGUAAAAGUAUUUAAAAUGCAAGAUGUAUUCAUCGACGGCGUUCGGGUUGUAAAAGGACAUGGAGCCCGAGGGAGGACCUUCUGAGUAAAAGCGAUCGGCCUAUAAAUAUAUUCAGGACCGUCCCUUCAUCCGACCUCCGCCACUAGAUUGGAUCUAUUUACUUAAAUGUAAAGGGUCUUUUGCUUCAAGCUACCAUGGAGAUCUUUCCCCGGCCAAGCGGUGAAAUCCAGAGGAGGAACCCUCAGCACGACUUCGAGCUCAUCCAGAGGGUGGGAAGUGGCACAUAUGGAGACGUGUACAAGGCUCGAAACAUACAAACUGGGGACCUUGCUGCUGUGAAGAUCAUCAAGUUGGAGCCAGGAGAUGACUUUUCCAUCAUACAGCAGGAAAUCUUCAUGGUGAAGGAAUGCAUGCACCACAAUAUUGUGGCCUACUUUGGGAGCUACCUCUGUCGAGAGAAACUUUGGAUAUGUAUGGAGUACUGUGGUGGAGGAUCUCUGCAGGACAUUUAUCACGUGACAGGACCUCUCUCCGAGCUUCAGAUAGCCUACGUCAGCAGAGAGACCUUACAGGGUUUGGGAUAUCUACACAGCAAGGGCAAGAUGCACCGUGACAUUAAGGGUGCGAACAUACUUCUGUCAGACAACGGCGAUGUGAAGUUAGCUGACUUUGGAGUUGCAGCCAAAAUAACAGCCACCAUUGCCAAAAGGAAGUCCUUCAUUGGAACACCUUAUUGGAUGGCUCCAGAAGUAGCAGCAGUGGAGAAGAACGGUGGCUACAACCAGCUGUGUGACAUUUGGGCUGUAGGCAUAACGUCCAUAGAGCUGGCCGAGCUGCAGCCGCCAAUGUUUGACCUGCACCCGAUGAGAGCCCUGUUUUUGAUGUCCAAGAGCAGCUUUCAGCCCUCCAAAGCUAAGACAAAAACAAAAUGGUCCACCGCCUUCCAUAACUUUGUCAAAGUGUCUCUGACAAAGAACCCAAAGAAGAGGCCCACUGCAGAAAAACUUCUAUCGCACGUGUAUGUAGCCCAGAUAGGUUUGACAAGGAGGCUCGCUGUUGAUCUCCUCGAUAAAAUGAACAACCCAGACAACCACGAGCAUUACAGCGAGGUGGACGAUGACGACCUUGAGCCUCUCUCUGCAGUCAGACACACCAUCCGCUCCACUAAUAAACAAGCCCGAGCUGAGAGGACGCGCUCGGAGAUCAACUUUGAUAAGCUCCAGUUUGAACCACCGCUCCGGAAGGAAACUGAGGCUCAUUCUGAAAUGGAUGUGAGUAAAGAUAAUGACUUCCCUUCCCCCUGGAGUCCCUUUGCAGAGGGAGGAAUAACAACCAGUGGACACAUCGCACAUCUUGAAGAUGCUUUUGAAGAUGUGGAGCUGUCCACUCUGAAGCCCGGGGUUCCUCCUCCUCUGCCUCCGAAGCCACGAUUAAACAGCUCGCCAGAGGAGCUUGGCCUCAACAACGAAGGGUCUACGACGGUUCGGAGGUUCCCAAACUCUGAGAACGGGCCGAGCCAGGUGGUCCGCAUGCAGAGCACCCCGGAGCACCUGGGCAACAAGGUGGAGAACUCUCCUCCGGAUUUCCUCUCCGUCAGCGUCAGCAGCCCCAGCCUUUUGUCUCACGCAUCUGAUCCUGAUAACGAUUCGGAUGACAGUGUGAAUGGAGGCAGUCCACAGAUGCCCCCCAACCAACAGCACCGGAAGGAGAAAAAGGAGUUCCCUAAACCAGCCAUCAACGGUCUUCCACCCACUCCUAAAGUAUUGAUGGGAGCCUGUUUCUCUAAAGUGUUUGACGGCUGUCCACUGAAAAUCAACUGUGCCACAUCCUGGAUUCAUCCAGACACCAAAGACCAGUACCUAAUCUUUGGUACGGAGGAUGGCAUCUAUACGCUGAACCUCAAUGAGCUGCAUGAAGCCACAAUGGAGCAGCUGUUCCCGAGGAAGUGCACCUGGCUGUACAUUAUCAACAACAACCUGAUGUCUCUGUCUGAAGGGAGAACCUUCCAGCUGUAUUCGCACAAUCUCAUCGGGCUGUUUGAGCAGCUGAAGAAGCCCGGCCUGGCCGCGCAGUUCCAGACACAUCGCUUCCCAGACAAAAUCUUACCCAGGAGGUUUGCCUUGACGACUAAGAUCCCCGACACAAAGGGCUGUCACAAGUGCUGCAUCGUGAGAAAUCCGUAUACAGGCCACAAGUACCUGUGUGGAGCGCUGCAGUCGGGGAUUGUCUUGUUGCAGUGGUAUGAGCCCAUGCAGAGGUUUAUGCUUAUCAAGCACUUCGACUUCCCCCUUCCCAGUCCACUGAAAGUGUUUGAGAUGCUGGUGGUCCCGGAGCAGGAGUAUCCUCUGGUGUGUGUGGCCAUCAGCCAAGCCAGCGAGCCGGGCCAGGUGGUCCGCUUCGAGACCAUCAACCUUAACUCCUGCUCCUCCUGGUUCACAGAGAUUGGAACAACUCUUCAGCAGGUGGAUGCAAUCCAUGUCACCCAGCUGGAGAGAGACACAGUGUUGGUGUGUUUAGACCAAAACUUGAAGAUUGUAAAUCUCCAGGGCAGACUGAAGUCCAACAAGAAGCUGGCAUCUGAGCUCAGCUUUGAUUUCUGCAUCGGAUCAGUUGUGUGCCUUCAGGACAGCGUCCUGGCCUUCUGGAAACACGGCAUGCAAGGAAAGAGCUUCAAGUCAAACGAGGUGACCCAGGAGAUUUGUGAUCCGAGCAGAGUCUUCCGCCUCCUGGGAUCCGACAGGGUGGUGGUUUUGCAGAGCCGACCCACUGACAACCCCACGGCCCUCAGCAACCUCUACAUCCUGGCAGGUCAUGAGAACAGUUACUGAGCCUCCCCGAGAGAAAGGAGGAUGAGAUGCGAGUCUUUUUGGGAGGGAAACUCCAGACCUUCACCCCAUGCGCUUCGAGGGGAAGGUCUAGUUUAAAACCGUUAUUGGGAGCUUUUGUUACUGAUGGCGGGAUCGACAGGUCGGUAAAGAGAGAAGGCUCUUGAGGUGGAUUCAUGAGUAGCCUUACACCAGCAACACGUUCCCCGUGGCGCCGCUCAUCUCAAACGACAAGGAAACCAUUACGAGCUGCAACGGGAGAGCCAGUGAGACGGGCACGUGGACUGAGUUACAAAUGAUCUCCAGGUAUUAUUAAUAAAAGUGCCAUUAAAAUUCAACUUGUGUAAUUUGUAUUAGCGAAACAGUGGGAGAUUUAUUGUGGGUUCCAUGUCACUCAUCUCUGCCAAUAGCUUGAGAGGAGCUUUCACAAGCUCGGUAGUCAAACAAAUAGCUCACUUUAAACAGAAACCCUGAGCCUUGUGGGGAAUUUAACAAUAUUUAUUAACAUUUACUGGCCGUGUUAACCGAUGGUGGCAGUCCUGCUGUGUGAGGACUAACCUAAGGAACAGAUGUUCAGAAGCUUUGGGUUGUUUCUUGCCAUGUAAUAUAGUCUCCUCUCUCCUGCGUUUUUAGAAGUCUACAUAUAAUGUACAUUUUUUUUCUUCAUCUUCCUCUUUUAUAGGUCUUUUACUUCUCAUUAUUUGCACCAUGUAAGCACUUUUGUACAUUUUUUUAUUUAAAAUAAAAUGACAAAAUGAGGGACAAUGCUAGGUUUUGCUAACAGCUUUGCAUUCCCUUCGCAAAAUGUUUAAUGUAUGCUGUCUUUUUUGUAAUAAAAAAGCUGUUAACGAGA